AAAGGAGGAUAUGUUCACGAUGCAUCAGCAGCAGCAUCACCACUCCGCUCCGCCUGACCAGCAUCCGAUCAAUCUACCUCCUCCCCCAUCCAAAUCCUCUCUUAGACCCACCGCCGCCGCCGCCACUCAGAGUCCUUCGUCUUUGCCGUUUUCUGUGGGACGGGAUAGUACAAUUGGGUCGCCAAUGGCCCGAUCCCACUCUCCCGGGGACCUUGCAGCUCUUCCGCCUUUGACGAGAGUUAAGCUAUCCGACAUUCUUCCCUAUGACGGAGCUCCUGUGGGGCGAUAUUCGCGUGCCAUGGAGGCCCUGUCCGGGUCGCUGAUGAGGCACAACGCCGCUGUGAUUGAGCUCAGUGCCGAAGAUGCCGCUGUGCUCCGCUGUGGCCUGGAAUCUGCAAGAUUUUAUUUUAAAACUCGGGUUGCAGCUCAGGGGAAAGCUACUCGUGGAGUUUAUAUCUACAGGGCAGGAAGGCCCUUGGAAGACGUGGAUUCAUCUCCCCCAUGCAUGGCUGAUGUCUUUCAAUGCAUGGGAAGGGCAGCCCGAGCUGCUUUAUGUGCAGUUGCUAGACAUCUUCGUCUGCGAAGCGAUGUUUUUAACCACUUACUGGAUGAUAACCCGUUGCCACUUAAUGAGCCUUCCUCGUCCGUUCUUGUUGCAACCUUCUCCCCAACAUCAACCUCACAGAAUGGGAGAGGAUCAAGUGAGGGAGUGAAACUCCAAACAACCAAUGAAGUAGAAAAGGGGUUAUUAACAUUGAUUUCCUCUGAUACUGCUGGUCUCCAGGUAUGUGAUCCCAACAGUAGGUGGUACAUAGCAGACAACGGUCUAGCUUCGGGAGAUUUGUUAUUGCUUACUGGAAAGGCUCUCAGCCAUGCAACUGGUGGUCUCCGCCCUGCAACCAUACAUAGGGCAACCUAUGAUUACUAUUUGGGUAAUACUACCUGCGGAAGGACAUCAUUGGCAUUUAGGCUUAUGCCACAAAGCAAUGCUGUUCUUGAUUGUUCUCCCAUUAAAGCGGCUGGUCAUGUCAUUCCUCAAAGCUAUAUACCAAUUUCUGUAAGCCAGUUUCUGGAUGACAUUUCUGCAGAGGAAGACAUCUUCUGUAACAGAACUGAUAAUGCUUAUCAGGUCAGUCAAGGCAAUCUAAAUAAGGAACAGUCUUUAAGAAGUGUUCUCUCAGAUCCCUUAACGGGCACAUACAUGGAAGAUGCUACAUACGUUUCAUGCGGACAUUCAUUUGGUGGUCUGAUGCUAAGAAGGGUUGUUGAGACAUCUAGAUGCACACUCUGCAAUGCAGAAAUUGAGCCUGGAUCUUUAAUCCCUAACUUAGCUUUAAGAGCAGCAGCAACAGCAGUGAAGUAUGAGGAUGAGCGGAGAUUAUUUCAUAAUGCUUCCCUCAGGAAGCGCAGGAAAGAAGUGGGCGAGUUCAGGCCAUUCUAAAUAGAGAUAUGAAAACAGGAGCAAAGCUGGUUUUUUAAAUAUCUUUAAACUGUAUGGAGUAGUCAUUUACACCACAUUGUGGUCUCACUCAUCCUAAAGAAUAUGGAGUACUCUUUAUUAUUCAAAUUGUGACUAGGAUCACAGUGAAAUUGAGAGGUUACUAUAUAAUUUAAAAGUAAUUUGAUAUUAAUGAGUAAAACUGUGAAUACCUGUGCUUAUAAUUUUCCACUUCACAGGAAAAUGGGGAACUUCUUUCUGAAACUAGUCCAUUCAAAGCUAUUCAGUAUCCAUUCUCGGUGAAUGAGAAAGUUACGAUUAAGGGAAAUAGGAGGACGCCGGAUAAAUUUGUGGGGAAAGAAGCAAUAAUCACUUCACAGUGUCUUAAUGGAUGGUACUUGCUUAAGAUUAUUGACAGUGGUGAGAAUGUUCGCCUUCAAUACCGCUCUCUCCAGAAAUUUCAAUCUUCUCAAUCUUCUCAGGAAACUACUGGUGGGGGCGAGAGAUGCCAUUCCCAGCCACUUAACAGUAGCAGCUGAUGGUGGAUGAUUUGGGGCUGCUUUCCUUUAUUGGUGGGCUCACUCGUGGAAAAUUGGAGGGAGGGGGUGUUAGAGUAACAGGUAAAUAGUGGUGUCCACAGGAGAGAGGACGGCUCAAGGUUGAUGUGGAUACAGCCGUCCAUAAAGAAGAUGGGAAAAUCGGGCAUGGUUGGGUAGUGAGAGACGGUGAAGGCGCCUUUGUGGCAUGCACAGAGAGCCCUUCAAUGGGUAGUUUCAGUCCAAGGGAAAAGGAAGUGUUGGGGCUCCUGGAAGCACUUACAUGGGUCAAAUGCAAGGGUGGGAAGAUUUUGACAUCAAAUGUAAUUCUUUGCAAGUGGUGGCUGGUGUUCAGGGUGGGGCUGGAUCUUUUACUUUUGGUGUGAUCGACUGAUCAUUAAAGACUGGAGUUUAUUGUUUUAAAAUUUUAAUAGUAUAAAUAUUUUUCAUAUCAACAGGUCAGCGAAUUGUGUUCUUUAUAUUAGUCUUGGGUAUGAUUUUAUAUUCCGCCUAAUUAUAUUUUCCAUCAUUUCCAGUGGAGCCAGACUCACUUUUUUGGGCUUGGGAAUAUGAUGGAAUAUGACUAGCUAAAUUGUCACCACUUCUUUGUUAUGAAGUACUAGACUAGUAGUUACUCAAUGCAAC